CCACCCGCAACAAUAACUACAACGCAGCACCGCAAGCGACCGCGCGCAAGCAAGAUAACAAUCAACAACGUGCAAGAGCGCUUCUGCUAUCUCCAGCGCUAUCAGGUGCUAAUCUGCAAGGAGCACGCUACAGGCAUACAGAACGUCGAUGUGCAUCUGCGCGACCAGCACGGCGUAGCAAGCGAAGAGAGGAAAUCAAUUGUAGAGCACUGCCGGCAAUGGCAGAUCGCCGCACCGCAAGAUGUUGAGCUGCCUGCGCCGUUGGGGCCGCCGAUUGAGCAGCUAGGCGAGCCGUUAGACGUCUAUCAAUGCAGGAUCACUAGCGACUGCGGCUUCUGUACCGCAAACAAGAUCAGAAUGCAGAAGCACUGCAACAACGUACACCAGACAGCUUAG